AUGCCUCCGUCUUUAACGGAUGUCUUCGGGUAUUCUGAAGACAGUCAAAGCAUCACGCUAGCUCUCGUGCGGAUGUUGGAUCAAUGCGAUGGAGAGGAUCAAAAUCGCAAUCAUCAAGCACCGUCGAGUCAAUAUUACUCGGAGAUUCAUCAAUGUCUAGAAAGGAUUCCUGAUGAACCAAUCUUGGACUUCUUAUUGAAAUAUUACGUGCGCGAAGUGAACUGGUAA